UAGGACCACAUGCGUUUCCGGCAAAGCCGUCUGCUCGAGAAACGCUUUGCCCACGAUGAACACCGAAGUCUCACUUGUGUUAUUAGUUGUGUUUUUCGUGUUUUGCCAGUCACAAGACAGUGUACAAGAUGUAUUUAAUGUUCAACCUGGCGGACAGACUAUGGUAUUUGAGAAAGACUGGGAAGGAUAUAAAUGCUCCUUUACAUAUCAAGCACAAGGGGGCACAAAUGAGCAGUGGCAGGUUAUUGUGGAAUAUGUGAACGACAGAAAAGGCAUCCAGUGCACAGUCGCUCGGGGCCAGGUGUCUUACCUUUUUUUCCAGAAAUUUUCACUGAGCAUUUCUGGGCCUGGUGUCAAGAUCAUUCAGGAAAGCUGUGAAGCCAUUGAUACUGGUGACAGACCUUUGUCAAACAAGGAAUACAGUGUGAAUCUUGGAUCCAAUUCAUUGUCAAGUGUGGAUGGAGCAUUCAAGAAUCAUCUUGAGAGAGUGACAAUACAAGCUGAAGUCAAACAGAAGAGAGAGUUAUAAUUUUUGUUUAUUUUUUUGGGGGGUGGGGGGUGGUGGUGAUCAUUUUUCACUAAGAAAAGUAUAGUCGUUAAUUAAGAAGGGGCUUGCUGGAGGAAAAAUCAAGUUGCAGUAGCAAAACAGGGUUAUUGCUAAAUUGUGUUAAAUCACUUUUUUUGAAAGAAAUAUACUAGAUUAGGCAAGAAUCAAUUACUUGAUUUAGCUCACUUGAGUGGAAAUCCAAGAAUUGUCAAAAGUUCAUAUUUUAACAUUGUAUCUCUCAUCUCUUAAUUCUGAAAAAUGAACCAUAUAGUGCCUCAGCUGAGUUUUGUUUCUUAACCUUGACUCAAAGUCCUUUUCACAGACUUAAAUCAGGUAUUUAAUUGUACCACACCUCUGUAUGCUCCAUUGGCUGUCUGUUAAAGUCUGUGUUAAUGAUAGACUGAUGGGAAUAUGUUCAAGCUUCAUUUGCCUCCUCCUUUGCCUCCUUAUCUAAUAUGCUUGCCAUCUACUCUCCAUCAAGGCAUCUUAGAUUUUUGGCAGACCACAGCAUCCUACAACAUAAUUUUAAACUGGAAAGCUUGGCAAGUGAUCCUUCUCUUGUGCAGGACCCAUAAUAAGGAACUUUGCUGUGAUUCUUAGUUUAAACCAUUCAGCCUAUUCCAAAUUUCUUGUCAUUAAAGACGCCUUGUUUGGGAAAUACAUCUUUCAGUAAUUUUAUUCAAACUGCAGUCUUGUAUUGUCCAUGGUUAAUAGCUCUGUGCUUUGUGUGUGUGUGAGAGAGAGAGAGAGCACGCGGUAAGGUGGAGUGAAGAGAGCCUGACCACAUGCUGAGAUUUUGUGCCAUACAAGCAUCCUUAUUAUUAUUAUGAUUACAAAUCCUAUGGCUGUGAAUUUUGGUUUCUCAUUCAUCUGCAUUUAACUAGAGAGAUGCUAAAGGAGAAAUUUGUUUAGCUUAGAUCAACUGAAGGCUUAAAUUUUCACAGAUAAAGAUGAUAAUCUUACAUUUUGGGGAAACUGUUUUGUAUUGUUCUCGUGGGAUUUUUUUCUGUUUGGUAAAUGGAAAUAAAAUGUGAAAUAU